UUCUUAUUGUGACGGUCGCUUGCAUGUUUUCGGUCUCAGCCAUCAUGCCUAUCUCUAUUUUUUCUUUUUCUUUUUUUUCUUGUAUGGAUACUCAAUUUGCUUAUGAAACACUUGCUCAUAUCUUUUUCUAUUUAAAACAAGACCAAAAGACGCUUUGUCAACUCAGCUUAACUUGUAACAAGUUUCGUCAAUUGAGUCUACCUCUCUUGUUUAAACAUCCUCAUUUUACCUCACUGGAUCAGCUAAGUUCAUUUGCUGGAUUUCUUACCGAGAUCAAUGGUGCAUUGGUACGGUCUAUUGAUUUACACAUGGUACCUCAUCGAUGGGAUGCUACACAACUGACGCAAAUCUUGUAUCAAAUCACACCCAAGACACCUCAUUUAGAACUACUCGAUCUUGGUUUAUGUACAUUACUAACGGACAAAGCAUUAGACCGUAUCACACGUCCUUUACAUGAACUACGCAUCUUGUCUAUAGAUCGAUGUGAAUUAAUAGGCGAUGAGUCUAUUCGUUUUAUAGUAAAUCAUUGCCCUGACCUCGAAGAGCUCCAUUUAGGAUCCACUCGGAUAACAGACAAUGGAUUGAAUGUGAUGGCUGAUGGAUUAUAUGGAUUGACUCAUUUGUAUAUGCCCUCAUGUCAACACAUCACUGAAAAAGGUCUGAAUCACAUCAUGUCAAGCUGUAAACAACUACACCAUUUAGAUAUCAAGGAUUGUUAUAAUGUAGUAGGGGAAUUUAGACAACAGCAACAACAUGAUGAUGAUGCAUGGACAGAUGAAGAAUAAAAAGGUUUUUGUCUUCCGUCAUGGACACAGUUGAAUUAGGUGCUGCGUCUUUUCGCCAUAAAGAAGGGGUUUCAAUAAUCUUCUCAACCAAUUCUUCAAAUG